AUGCAAUUCUUUGAAGGAGUUUUGACUUACAGAAGAAUGGUAAAAAAGAAAGAUUUGGUGAAGAUAUUCUUUAUUUAUAUGUGUCUCUAUCAGAUGGUUCCAGCUCAUCCUUGUGGCGAAAACCCUCUCCGAUCAAUAAUUAGUUUAUCCUCACAAACAGGUCAAGGUCUGCGUUUUGUUCUUGAUAAAUUAAGGCAAAUGGAUUAUCGCGUGUACAGACACUUACAAAGCAACUUCCAGAGGUAUGCCGAAUGUGUUGGCAUGGUAGAUACGGGUUAUUUCAAGCGUUCUGAUAGACAUGCUUUGAUCAGUAUCAACCCAUUCAGUAGCCUAGACAACAACGACGAUACCAAUGACUAUAUAGAAAACAGUAGAUCAGUUGACGAUGUUUACAAGUCAAAUGAAGAAAAUAGAAAACAAACCUUAAAGGAAACACAAGAAAUAAUUUCCAAAGACAUUUUACCAAUGUUGUUGAAAAGAAGAAGGAGACGUUGAACAGAUACAAACGACUUCAAAUAUCUGCACGGAGACUUGGAGGAAUAUUCAAGGGUCAUGUCAUUCAAACUUAAUACCUUAAAGUAGUGCUUAACUGUUAAAACAGCUAUGUUGUGUAUACUUAUUUAUUUAUUUAUUAUCUUGAAUUAUUUAACGGGUUGUUUUUUUAAACAGACUAUUCUUGUAAUCAAAAUUGCAUGCAAGCACCCGAAUGAUGGUUGGUGAAAGGUUGUUUAAUUAAAAGAAUAAAUGAAAUAAAAAUAACAUUUAAAUUAAUUUUAAACAGAAACAUACAGACCUUCUAAAAUUCAAACUGACCACACGCACGAUACACGCACGCACGAUACACGCACGGUGAAUGCACGAUGAAUGCACGGUGAAUGCACGAUACACGAUACACGCAUGAUGAGCGAUGAGCGUUACACGGAGGAUUAACGAAAA